GCCGCCACUCUAUAUCCCAGUUUACCACCACCACUCUCUUGAAGAAGUUGUCGACGUUGUCGUGGCUCAUUCAUCUGAUAUAUAAACACACUACCUCAUACGUGUAGCUCAUCUCAUCAUCAUCAUCAUCAUCAUCAUUAGGUGGUAAUAUACAUUACCCGUGGGAGUACGUAUGACGACAACGUUGCUGUCCUGGCAGCUGUUGCCAGGAGCCGGGCACUUAUUGUGCUGAGAAAGCUAGAUUUGUGUACAGAACGAUGGUGUGAGGGAUAGACAAGAAGAAUUUAGCACGCCCGAGGAGAGGAAAAAAAGCCAGCAAGGAUGGCGAGGUCCAACUGUCCAGGUGGUGGCCUUUUCGUCGUUGAGGGCGAGGUCAGCCUCCUCAUGACAGCCAUGAGACGCGGUGUUCGCUGGUCCUCGCAUUCCCAUCAGGAUGAAGAUCAAGAUGCGCUCAUGAAAGGGCUGUCAACUCUUAAGGAAACUUUGAACGACGUCAAGCACUUGUCUGAAUUAGAACCAGGAGUCUUCAUGGCACCGUUUUUAGAAAUCAUUAGGUCCGAAGAAAUAACGGGACCAGUCACUUGUCUUGCACUGUCUGCUGUAAAUAAAAUUAUAUCUUAUGGUCUUCUCGAUUCCGAGCAUCCUGCCAUUGCACCAUGUGUGGAAGCCAUAGCUGAUGCCGUUACCCGUACGCGAUUUGUUGGGACAGAUUCAACCGCCGAUGGGGUGGCACUCAUGAAGAUUCUUCAGGUUUUGAGGUCUCUUGUCUUAUCACCUCCUGGCGAUAAUCUGUCUAAUGAGAGCAUGUGCGAAGUUCUGCUCAGUUGUUUUAGGAUAUGUUUGGAAACACGACUCAGUGAGUUAUUGAGGAGGACAGCAGAGCACUGCCUGAGAGAUAUUGUGCAGCAUCUUUUUGUUAGGCUGCCUCAGUUUGUAGAUGACAUGAGAGGCCAACUGAGCAUGAAAAAAAUGAGGACAAAUAGUUUGGAAAAUACAAAAAAUAAAACAAAGAAAAGCAAAAUUAGUAAUGUAAAACCAAAGUCAAAAUCCAAUCUCGAUGAUAUUGAUGAUCCAGAGACUCCACUAAUGAGUCCUGUAGCAAGGGUGAAGUCCAAUCAUUUAGCAACCACUCCGACAACACCUGUUGGUAAUAUUGUUGACAUGCAAGGUUGUCUGAAUCAAGCUAAUUCUGAAAAAGUUGAAGAUGAUAAGAAAGAUAAUACUACUGGUGAAUCAAAGAGUGACUCGAGUAAAGAUAACAAUAAAGAUGAUGUAACUUCAGAAACUAAUCAAAGUGAAGUUUCAAAAGAAUCUGAAAAUAGUGAAGCACCCAAGAAUGAGACUGAGGCUAAAGGUAGCAAUUUAGAAAACAAAGAACCAAUUAGUUCCAGUGUAAAUGACAAGCAAGUUGAGGGUAAAGCAUGUUCACCAGUAAUUGAUUCAUCCAAGCAAAUCGUCUCAGGAAAUUCAGACAAUCAAACAAGUGCUGAUUUCGUGCGAUCGCCUAUAGGCAGUGUUGAAGACUUGUCGGUUGAUGACGCAAAUAACGGCGCUAAAGGAUUGACCGCCAAAGUUGAUGGUGAGUCAGUCGAAGAAUACGUAAAUUCGCAAGGUGUUCGUUUCAUGACGGUGCAACAACACGCACCAUAUGGCUCGCCUUGUAUACGAGAACUGUUCAGAUUCUUGGUGUCACUUUGCAGUCCUCUGGAUAAACAGAACACCGAAAUCAUGAUGCAUUUAGGCUUGAGCCUUUUGCAAGUAACCUUGGAAGUAGCAGCUGAUGCUUUGUCGAAUUUUCCAUCUUUGCUUGCUCUCGCUAAAGAUGACUUGUCUAGAAGUUUGAUUUUGUUAUUAGGUACAGAUAGGUUGUCUAUUUUGGCUGCCAACAUGCAAGUAUCGUUUUUACUCUUUGAAUCGCAAAGAGAACACUUGAAAUUUCAAUUCGAGCAAUUUAUUGUUAAAUUAAUGGAAUUAGCAAAUACAGAAUCAAAUAAAAUAUUUUACGAGCAACGAGAGCUCGCGCUCGAAACUUUAGUUCGAUUGUGGAAAAUACCUGGUUUACCUACAGAGUUGUUUAUUAAUUAUGAUUGUGGCUUGUAUUCUGUAAACUUGUAUGAGGAGUUGAUGAAAAUGCUAUCAAAGGUACUGUUCAAUAAUGCAUCAACUAUGACGGGAAGUAUGUAUAGUAUGCAAUUCAUUUCGUUGGAUGCGAUUUUUACGUUGAUUGCCAAUAUGGAGGCAAGAUUUAAAGGCCACACAAACAUGUUGAAACCUUCAAGACACAGUGCCCCGCUGAAUCUCCCAUCUCGAGAAGAAUUAUUGGAAACUAAAACUAAAAAAAGGUGGUUGGCUGUUGGUUCCGAGAAAUUCAAUGAAAAUCCAAGAAAGGGUAUAGCCAAGCUAGCUGAGCAUGGACUACUCGGUGAUACUCCUGGAAACCCAAACCCGGAUGAGAUCGUUAAAUUUUUACGAGAAAAUCCAACGUUGGAUAAAAAAGCUAUUGGAGAGUACAUCAGUAAAAAAGAAAACACAAAGAUCCUGAAUUCUUUCGUUAAUAGUUUUGAUUUCGAAAACACGCGUAUCGACGUCGCUGUUCGCCAAUACGUCGAAACGUUUCGAUUACCGGGCGAAGCGCCGCUCAUUUCCUUGUUGCUCGAAACAUUUGCCGAACACUGGCAUGAAAGCAACAACAGACCAUUUGCUUCUGCUGAAGCCGCUUAUAUAUUAGCUUACGCUAUAAUAAUACUGAACACUGACCAGCACAAUCACAAUGCUAAAAGGCUAAUCAAUCCAAUGACAGCGGAAGAUUUCAAGAAAAACGUGAAAAACGUCAAUGGUGGUGCCAAUUUCGAUCAAGACAUGCUGGACGAGGUGUACACGGCAAUAAAAAACGAAGAAAUAGUCAUGCCAGCCGAACAAACCGGACUCAUAAAAGAAAACUACUUGUGGAAGUGUCUCUUGCGUCGAAGUGCGAGUCCAGAAAGCGUGUACGUGAAGGUCGGUGAUGCAGGCGUAUUCAUAGACAAAGAAUUAGCUGAGCGUGCCUGGGCGCCAAUAAUCAGUGCGCUCUGCAAAGCUUACGACAAAGCCCCGGAUCGCACGCUACAGCGCAAAGUCGCCCAAUCAUUUCUUAGCUGUGCUGCAAUAAGUGCUCACUACGGCAUGACCAGCGAUCUAGACACGCUUAUCGUGAGCCUGUGUAAAUUCACGGGUCUAGCUGCUGCCGGCGGCCAGCCUGAUCAGAUUGUCCUGAAGCUCGGUGGCAGCGGAACCUGCCAGCUGGCAACGCGCACCCUUUUUAAAAUCUGUCACCUACACGGGAACGCGUUGCGCGCCUCCUGGAAGAACAUGGUCGACUGUUUGCAGAUGCUCCUCAAAGCUAAACUGCUGCCAAAGGACAUGACCGAGGGUGAAGAUUUUCUCGACCCGUCGGGCAAAGUCAACAUCGCCAGAGAUCCACCGCAGCCCAAACAGCCGCCCGUCGAGCAGAGUAUACUCUCGAGUUUGUACUCGUACAUCACCUCGGAUACAUCGCGAAGUCCGCACCCGGCUGAGGCCGUGGCUAAGAAGAGAGCUCUCGAAUGCGUCGCGCACUGUUACCUCAAACAAAUCAUCGAGGAAAGCAACUUCUUGGAGGUCGAGUCGUUACAAUCGUUGGUCACAGCGCUGAUCUCGGCCAACUCGUCGAACGACGAAGGCACUUCAGUUUUCUUGCUGGAACUGCUGCUCGAGACAACAAUUCAAAAUUGCGAUCGAGUCAGCUGCAUCUGGCCAGCGGUACACACGCAUCUGGAAAGUCUGUUGACAAUGUCAGCCCGCGAUGGCCAGCCGUUCUUACUGGAGCGCGUAACGAUCGGCAUGCUGAGGCUCGCGAUCCGUCUGCUGCGCAGCGAAGAGCUCGCCUGCACUGUACUACCGCCUCUGAUGCCUCUCACCCAGUUACCCUCGGCUGCGGUACCACCGCUCGCUCGACAGAUCUCGUUUGGAUUGUUUGAGCUGUUGAAGAUAGGGGCGGCAAACAUUCACAGUACCGAAGACUGGAAAGUGGUUUUCAAUCUUCUGGAGUGUUCCGGAGCUGGUGCUCUUCAACCAAAGCCAGUGUCGAAUGCCGUGAUGGAUGAGACGAUGAGCGGUAGCCGUUCACCUAUCACUGUAUUGGAUCAAAGGUCGCUAAGUCCAGUGCCAGAAUGGGUUCUAGUCUCACCAACGGGCACCGAGGCUCCGUUACCGGUAGCCGCGGACACGAUAGUCUUGGACCGUGAUUUACAAACGCACGACCCGGCCUCGCUGAUCAAGUGUUGCGAAAGUCUGACUUUUCUUGUUCGCGACGUUGCUCACGUCACGCCAUUCAACUUCGAACUCUGCGUCCGUUGCGUGCGAACCUUUGCGGAGGCCGUUCUCUGUCCGGCUGGCAAGCGUAGCCGCAUUCCCAUCGGUGCUGAAGAACCACCGGCUUAUCAACAAAUGCCCAUUCAACUGUUGGACCUCAUGCACACGCUCCACACCAAAACCGCCCAGGUGUUUCGUUGGUGGGCGGAAGAAAGUAGUGGUGACGCGACGGGUGUCGAUGGCAAGAACGCUAUAUCGACAGCAUCGUUGUGGUCUCAAGCCUGGCGUCCGCUGCUGCAGGGCAUAGCGCGACUCUGCUGCGACUCGAGGCGUGCAGUACGUGCAGCCGCGAUCACCUCGCUUCAGAGCACACUACUAGCUCAUGAUCUGAGCCAGUUGUCGGCUAUCGAGUGGUCACAGUGUCUCGAGCAGGUGCUAUUUCCACUGUUGGCUCAACUGCUCGGCCCAAUAGCUUCGAAAGAUCCAUUAGCUGUCGAGGAGACGAGAGUUCGGGCCGCCAUGCUACUGUCUAAGGUCUUCCUUCAUCACCUGAAUCCGCUACUCACGUUACCGGGCUUUCUACCGAUCUGGUUAACAGUAUUAGAUCUUUUGCGAUCCUACAUGCAUGCCGACAAAAGCGAGAUGCUGUACGAAGCCAUUCCCGAGUCCCUGAAGAAUAUGCUUCUGGUCAUGGCGUCGGCCGGUGUAUUACAGUGCGAGUCUUACCUGUGGACACCAACUUGGCGAGCAAUCGAUGCAUUCCUUCCUAAUUUGAAGGCAGAACUCUUUCCCGAGCCUGUGCCUUCGCCUCCACCCUCGUCACCGCCACAGUCGCAGUCCCCCACGAACCAAAUGCCACCUCAGUCUCCCACGAUAGCCCCACAAUCCCAAUCUCCAACGAAUCAAGUAACAAUGCAACAUCCUAACGUAAUAAGCCUCGUAGACCAGCAGGAACUCACCUGUCCUAUUCCCAUUCCUGCUUCGCUCGAAGAUCAACACCAGCAAAUCCAGCAGCAACAACAACAACAACUCUACAUGCAACACGUCCGACAGCAGUACCUACAGCAGCAAAGUAGCAGUCCAAUGUCCCAGUCGCCGCUGUCAGAGGCGACUGUCGGUGUACUCUCGACUUCUCCAGGGUCACAAGAGACACCGCAGUCCAUCAGCCCGCCGGAGCAGUCCUUCUCGCCGAUCGCAAUAGGCUUGACGCAAGUGGAGCAGCCCACUUCGCCGUUCAAAAUAGUUCGCUCAUCGCUAGUUCUCGAGGCCAAGGAGCCUCAGCAAGUCAUCACCUUUGUCAGUCAGCCGCCGCCAAGCGUCGCGAGUCCCGUUGCCGUUCAGCCUACGACGCAGCUCUACAGACCCGUUCCUCAAAAGCAACAGCAGCAGCAGACUUACCACCUCGAGGACUCGAGUGCUAAAGAGCAACAGCAGCAUCAGCCUGACUACAGAGAGCAGACGAUUAGUAUUAAGGAAACGGGAUCGCCCGCCCAUCUUCAGUACACACACUUGCCGCAGAUGCAAGUUUUUCACAGCGAACUUUACGGAGAAUCUGGCGGUAACUCUGCGGACUGCGCGAAUAAGGCUGAAAUGUCGACAUCGGACACCACAAUGAUAUUCAACUCGGCGGCGUAUUUCAGUGAAGAUUCGGCGGCAGAUCGGCUGUUUGUCGUGACCAACCCUUGACCACGUACUGUGCAUUCUUAGUGUAUAUUGUAUUAUACGGAAUUUUUUCAUAGUGCAUAAAGUCGUAAUGCAAGAAUGGAUUCAAUGAACGUAAAUCCUGAGUAUAUGGGUAAGGAAAGACACGAGGAAAAUAACAAAAAAUGAUUACGUAGCCCGUUAGAAUCUUUGGCUUGUAUAUUUGGCCCGAUGUUAUAUGCAUGUUAUACGUGAUAAUUUAUAAGAUGCAUAUAUACACACACACACAAUGUAAUAACUGUAAUAAUAACAUCACUUGUUUUUUUUUUAAACAAAAACUUACGUUAUAAUUUCAGGAUGAUACAUAAAAAUUUUUUAGAAAAACGUAGAGAUAAUCGUUGAGGUACAUUGAAAAGACUAAUGAGUAAAACAAAGACAAGAGCUAAAACAACGUAUCUAUGUACACAGAGUUAUCGUUAAUUAAAAAAAUUUAUACACAUCGGAAGAUUUUUCUUGCGUCUUAAACGCGUCGUUUUUUAACAUAUACUUACCGUAGAGCAAAAAAAAAAAAGACAUCUCUCUUUGAACGCGGUAAGGCACGAAGGGUCUACUUUAUCGUCAUACAUACACACAUAAACGUGUGUAUGUGCGUAAGGUACGCUUUUCUUAAAACAUAUACAAGCGCGGCGCUAUUAAUAAAGUGCCUGGAACGGUCCAAGCUGUCUUCACAAGAUUCCUGACCUUCGUGAGCUAAACGACUUCUUCAACGAUACCCGUGAGAGCCAGACGUACGCGCGUUUAUACAAAAAUACAAAAAAAAAAAAAAAAAAAAUGAGAGCGAUGCAUAAGGCAUCUGACUGCCUGGCUUGUAUAUGUCGGUACAUGAAAUCUUAAUUCUUCUUCCAAAGGAGCGUCUUGAAAUGUUUUACUUCUUUUUCCCUUGAUUAUUAAAUCUUCUAUAUGUACAUACAUUGUUUGUAUUUAGUAAUUUUAACAUCUUGGAUAGUUUGUCCGUUGCACGUGAUUGAGCUCUAAUGAGAGCUCCUGUAGAUAAGAAUUAAGAUUCAGGUCCAGUUAGUGGUCCGGAUUAUUUUAAUGUACAAGGCGAGUCGUUUCUC